AUGAUUGAAUAAUUACCAACGAUCUCACUUUGUGAAUCAACUCUGCUAGAAUAACCACUUCUUUCAUCACAAUAAUCUUAUACUGAGAAAAAAUGUGGUAGUCGGUUUUAAUUUAUUAAAUGUGAAUAAGAAGAUAAGCAAUAUUAGGCAGAAAAUAAUAGAAAUAGGAUUAAACAAUAAUUAAAAGGAAGACUGUAACUAAUAAUAAAAAAACCUUCAUAUUACGAGAAGAAUUCAUAGGAGGAACUUUAGGAAUUAGGAUAGAAACUAGAUGUUGAAUUUAGUGAUCUAGACUCUUUAUACAUUUGUGCUGACACUAAAAAAUUCGAUUAAGAAUAUGAGAUGAUGGAGAUUCUAGGAGAGGGGUGUUUAGGAUUAGUGAAAAGGAUUAUAAAUAAGCAGACAAAAGAGGAAUAUGCAGUUAAAAUAGUGUAAACAUAGGAUGAUGAAAUUAUAAGAAAUAUGAUAAUUGAAUUUAAAUCACUUUAAAAGUUAAAUCAUGAUAAUAUUGUAAAGGUUCAUCGAUUAUAUAUUGAUUUUAAUAAUGGAUUUUAAUCUGAAAGUAAAGCAUAUGCCAUAAUGGAAUUGGUCAAAGGAUAAGAAAUGUUUGAAGUAAUUAAUAAAUUAGGACAUUAUUCUGAAAGUGUUGCUAAGGAACUAUUCAAACAACUAUUGAGUGCAAUUGAAUAUAUGCAUAGAAAUGGAAUUUGUCAUAGAGAUUUAAAACCAAAUAAUAUUUUAUGUGUGGAAAAUAAACAACAGAUAAAAGUGACUGAUUUCAAUGUGAGUAAAUUUAGUGAUACUUAUAAAGAAUUUGGAGAUUUGAAAGACAGAGAAAAAAUUGAAAUGUGGACAUAUACUGGAACUGUUGCAUUUUCUGCACCCGAAAUAUUUACAGGAGAAGGCUACAAUUAGAUGGUUGAUAUGUGGAGUGCAGGAUGUAUUUUAUAUUCAAUGCUAUCUGGCUAAUUACCAUUUAUUUCAGAAUAUUUGAAUGAUUUGAUAGAAUAAAUUAAAGAAGCUUAAAUUUAAUUUCCUGAUGAAUUAUUCAAAUAAAUUUCAAAAGAAGCCAAAGAUCUAGUAUCCUAAUUGCUACAAAAGGAUUCAUCUCAAAGACUUUAACCUGAUGCGGCCUUAAAACAUCCAUGGUUUGAAAAUGUAGUCCUUGAAUAAGAUAUAGAACCAUUUUUAAAUCUAGCAAUCUUAAACAAUAUUCCUAGGUUAUCCUCAAAAUAUUCAAGGAACAACUAAAAAUCUAGAAGUAUCCUUUUGAAAUCCUCAUAAAAUACUGAUAAAUCAAAUCUGUUGCAAUCCGAGUUUACUUGCAGUCCUACAAAAUUUUCAAGUAAAAAAAAUAAUUUCUUCUCAAAUUCUGUUUUUGAAAGCUAAUUAAAUAAUUAAGGUGCAAUCCAAAAUGAUAAUACUUCAAUUACAGAUUUUGCUAACUUACAAUUAAUUAAAAACACAUCAAAUAUUAGCGAAGAUAUUUCUGAUCUUUAAUAUGUAAAACUGGAGCAAUUUAUUGUUUACAAGAAAAAUGAAAAUUAAAAUCAAGAAACCUAACAACAAUGA